AGGAAUUUUUGUCCGCAGGAUUACGGUGUUAUCAUUACAUUGUGCUCUAAAUUAAUACUCGUGGAUCGUCAUGAAUAUUGUCUAUUAGUAUGCGUGUUUAAGGAAUUCUCGCGAUGUCUAGCGAAAUGGAAGUUGACGUCCCUGAACACAUAGAGGAGGCCGGGGAUACGAGCAGUAAUCCUCCGCUCCGACAUAGUCCUUCGGAUGAUUACCCGAUGUCCCCUCGUCUGUUCGAUCAGAUAAAUAUUACGAAUAGCGAACCAUUGCGGCGGCGGAAGGAGCCCUCGCCGAAAUUUGUCGAAGACCGGGAAAGUUGCUUGAAGCACUUUCAAUCAUGGAACGAUCAGGAACAAAUAGAAUUCGUGCAGAAUCUGCUGUCACAAAUGUGUCAUUAUCAGCACGGACAAGUGAAUCUGUAUUUGAAGCCAAUGUUGCAGCGAGAUUUCUUGUCCCUACUUCCGAAGAAGGGUUGCGAUCACGUAGCGGAAAUGAUUUUGUCCUACUUGGACGACAAAUCUCUGCGUUCGGCCGAACUAGUAUGUAAAGAAUGGAAUCGGGUUGCCGCUGAGGGAAUGCUGUGGAAGAAACUCAUCGAAAGAAAUGUUCGAACCGAUCCCUUAUGGCGUGGUCUGGCCGAGAGGAAAGGAUGGAUUGACUAUCUUUUCAAGCCUCGACCUGGUCAACCAAUGCCAGAUCAUAGUUUCUAUCGUCGAUUGUACCCUCAGAUAAUUCAGAGUAUAGAUAUCUUGGAUUUCAAUUGGCGGACGGGUCAUCACACGCUGCAGCGGAUCAACUGUCGGUCAGAAAAUUCCAAAGGCGUUUACUGCCUACAAUAUGACGAUCAUAAAAUCGUGUCAGGCCUACGAGACAACACCAUUAAAAUUUGGGACCGAAACUCGUUGCAGUGCAUGCAAGUCCUUACAGGACACACCGGCUCUGUUUUAUGUCUACAAUAUGAUGACAAAGUGAUCAUCAGCGGCUCCAGUGAUUCCACUGUUAGGGUUUGGGAUGUUCGGAACGGAGAACUUGUCAAUACUUUAAUACACCACUGUGAGGCCGUUCUGCAUUUGAGAUUCAAUGAUGGCAUGAUGGUCACUUGUUCUAAGAGACAAAGACACGAGAAUUUUGGGGCUUUCCAAACUGUCAAUGGCGAGUAUCGUUCUCAACUCGCGGCCCACCUAUUGUUAUGGGACAUCGAGACGGGAAGUUGUCUACGAAUUCUCGAAGGCCACGAAGAGUUAGUGCGUUGCAUCCGCUUCGACAGUAAGCGAAUCGUCAGUGGCGCUUACGAU